CUCCAAGCGGCAAGUUCACGAGCAGCCCAACCAUCUGCCACGCCAUUAAGCGCAACCCCUACACACGGUAACUCAUCACGCUUCGACUGCGCACCACUUCUGGUCCAGUUACCAUGGUGCGCCUCCUGUUCUACGCGGCGGCGAUCGUGCCAGCCCUCGCACAAGUCUUCGCGCCCAACAUGGCGACGCCGACGGCUCGCCCCUCCGGCCUCGGCAUCGUCACCUCGCUACCGAUGCCCGAACUCCCAGAAGGCGAGCCGGGCACAUACGGCGCUGGUGCGCGCAAGCCUCAAUACGGCGCGUGGUACCACUACGAGCAAAAGCCGAUCCCGGACACGGCGGUGAGCGCGCCGGGCUUCCGCCCCACGCUGGACCCCAACAGCGCGCCUGGCGAGCGCAAAUACGUCCUCAACAUCGAGUAUCGCGCGGGGUCGCCGGACGGCUUCUUGCGCCGCAUGACGGUCAUCAACGGCCAGUUUCCGGGGCCGAUCAUCGAGGCCGUGAUGGGCGACACCAUGGUUAUUGAGGUCAACAACCGGAUCGAGGAGCCGACAGCGAUCCACUGGCACGGCAUCCACCAAAACAAGACACAGUACAUGGACGGCGUGCCCGGCUUUUCGCAGUGCUCGAUUCCGCCCGGCGGAAGCUUUACGUACCGCUUCGAGCUCGAUCAAGAGAAGGGCACGUACUGGUACCACGCGCACUUUGGGAACACGAUGUCGGACGGGGUCCUCGGCGCGCUGCUGAUCCACGCGCCCAACGACCCGCUGGCGAGCCAGCACGACGACGACCACCUGCUCUACGUCGCCGACUAUUGGCAGGACGACAGCGAGACGAUCGUAGAGGCCGCCAAGUCGAAAGACGGGUAUCGCGGGUGCGCGCCCGUCGAUGUGCCGGACAGCGUGAUCAUCAACGGUGUCGGCCAAGUCGACUGCUCGUACGUCCAGCGCGGCGUGCCAUGCAACACGGACGUGGCGCCGCACGAAGUGCGCGCCGCGCCGGGCAAGCGCUUGCGCUUGCGCCUCGUGAACCACGGCUCGCAUUCGCUCUUGCACGUCUCGAUCGACGAGCACAGCGUCACGGUCAUCGAGGCGGACGACACGGCCAUCGAGCCCAUCCGCGUCAACGAGCUCGUCAUCGCCCCCGGCCAGCGCUACUCUAUCGUCGUGGAGAUGAACCAGGGCUCCCACGGCGCAGGGUACUGGAUCCGCGCGCGCGCCGCCACCGGGUGCUACAACGACAAAUGGCGGGUGGACGGCCAAGCGAUCCUGCGAUACUUUGACGACGGGGGGUCGGCGGAGGGCUUCGCCCUCCCGCAAACGCAGCAGUGGCCCGGGCUGCCAGACAUGGGCAACCCCGACUGCCGCGACAUGGACGACCUCGGAUACCCGCUCACGCCGUUGGAAGCUAUCGCGGCGCCGGCGGUCGCAGACGAAACGCACGUGUUCACCUCGGUCGUCGGCGAGUUCGUCGACCCCCGCACAGGCGGCAAGUACGUCGGGUGGGGAUUCAACGGCGUCCCAUUCAAGAACCUCAUCAACGAUCCGCUCCUCAAAGUCGUACAGGACGGGCGCGAGAUCGACCCCUCCCGCCUCGCGAGCGCGAUGUUCACGGGCGCAGCCGCGGACAUCAUCAUCAACCAGCUCGACGGCGCGCCGCACCCGUUCCACCUGCACGGGCGGCCCUUUUCGAUCGUUGCGCGCGGCCACGGCGUCAUCAACUCCACCGACGGCAUCAGCCUCGCCCUCGACAACCCGACGCGCAGGGAUACACUCACCCUCGGCCCGAAGAGCUGGGCCGUCCUCCGCCUUCCGCUCGACAACCCCGGCGUGUGGCCCCUCCACUGCCACAUCGGCUGGCACCUCAGCGUCGGCAAGAUGGCCGCCGUCGUCGUCCGCCCCGACCUGGUCCGCGCCAUCCCGCAGCCCGCCGACUGGGCCGCACUGUGUACCGGCGACCCGCUCGAAAUCGGCCCCGGCCGCCGCAGCUACAUGCCCCCGCAGGCGCGGAGGGGGGAUUAGGACGUUUGCACGACGAGCUCCGUCUUCAAACAUGAGCAGCAGCGUCAGACAGAUACGUCCUGCCGCGAC